AUGUCUUUGAACAACCAGAGAGACACGGGACCUUCUUUCGCCGAUUAUACAGUGGCUUUCACAUGCCCACUUGCGCCUCCUCCGCCGCCGCCGCCUCCGCCGCCGCCGCCGCCACCGCCACCGCCUGUUGUCCCCACAGCACGAAAAAUGUGCUACCUCUGGGCGGGGGGUCCCCCGGGUCCCCCGGGAAAAGGCAACGCCCUGAACAAGUGCACCGGCGGGGAUCACUACACGGUCUUCGUUGCACAGACGCCCGACGAGUGCAAAGCAAAAUGCAUGCAAGACAACGGAGGCUCCGGCGCGAACAAGCACGAGUCCAGUUGA